AUGUCCCUUCUCGACAGCCGACGCCUGAUCGAGACCGAGAAAAGGCGGCAUGAGUUGCUCUCCCUCGCCGACGCACAUCGUCGCAAUCUGCGCGCCCUCUACAACGUCACCGCGCUCGGUCAAGGCCGCGGUCGCGUCGGAUGCACGUCCGCUUCGAAGAUUAGCGUGGCAAGCAGAAGCGCGUCCAUAUCUACCGAGAAACCCAAUAGUGUACCUGCAGAAUCAUCUCGACCUGCGGCGGAUGUCGAAAGUGCUUCUGCGACGCCGACACCAUGCAUUGUGACCGCGAAGCCUGACCAUCCGACUUCUGCUGACCCUGUCACCGUUUCUACUUCGGAAACCCCUGCAUCUGGCCCACCAAAUGUUAUUCCUGAUGCAUCUGCUUCGCUUCCUGCUUCUCGCAAGGCCUCUGCUCAACCAGAAGACGUGUCGCCAGCCAACGCAGCACUUCCACAGCCUGAGGAAGAAGCGCGCUUGUCUGAGACUGCCGAGCAACUUGUCGACCAGCAAGAGCCCUCUACUCCAGCUAAAGUUGUUCCCCUGCCGUCGGAGGAAGUCCAAGAAGAGAGGUUGCGCGAACGAGAAGCGGAGGAAGUGCGACGUAGCUCUGAACCGGAGAUCAAGUCUGGUCAACGUCUAGUCGCGCCUCAACCCGAUAUCGCAUCUUCCCCUUCGUCUACCGUUGGGGCGUACUCAGCUGCGACUCCACAGCCUCCGCAGGAUAGUCCCGACACGUCGCCCGACUCGGAAACUGCGCAAGUUGAAGUUCUGCCUCCCAAGGACCUCCAGCCAUCUCCGCAGCAGCAGCGCGAGAAGGAGGAGCACGAUCGCAUAUUGGAAGCCCAGAAAGAGAUUGCACGAAAGCAAGCGCUUGGGGAUGUCGCGACGCCAGACGAGCAGCUCAAAUGGGAGGAACGCGAGGCAGCAGCUCGAGAAGCAGAAGAGCGCGCAGCUCGGGAGAGUGUAGGCGGCCCUGAGCCUACUUCGAAGCUCGCAAGAGAUUCCACCGAGGCUGAGCAAGCAGUUGAACAGAUCGAGGCUGAGAGUAAUGUCGUCGACACUGCUGAGACAAAGCCCGACGAAGAGUUGCCCGAUGCGAGGCCCGCACCGCCAAUUAAACCUGAGAGUGAUACCGACAAUAGCAUUGUCACGUCUACUGUGAGGGCACUACCUUCAGAAGUUGACAAGAAGCAGGCAGCACCCGCCGCGCUCACGGAGAAGCAGUCUUCGCCAGCUGCGCCUCGGCCUCCACGGAUGACGACUCGAGUCUCGUCUGGUGCCAUGCGACAAAAAUCGGUCUCGGAAAUACUUGGACAGGACCGCGACAGAUCACACUCUACUGAAAAUGGCUCUCAAGCGCGGAAGGAUGCCAUUCUCUCGCCAGAAGCCGUGUCUCCCAUGACGCUACGGCAUCCGCAAGAUGCUGCCAGUACUCGCGUCAGAGCACCGCUCGCCACGCAGACUUCACAUCAGCCGCGCCUUCUCAAUCACUUCCGACAACCAAGUCAAGUUGACUCUGCUAUGGCACAACUAGAAUCCCUCAAAGGCGCAGCAGAAGAUCCUGAUCGCGACUAUCUCGAGCCGCUCUUCAGGAUCCAAGCUCAUGAGUCGCCCAACUCCAAAACGAAAACUCUUCCCGACCUCAUCAGAAAUGGAUCCAAGGCACUUUCGACGGAAGACCACUUCACUUCUCUGCAUGAACGGCUGGACUUUCGAAUGCUCCGACGCAUAUAUCAGCUACAAAACGCCAACAAGUGGUCGCUUCGUCAGAUGGAAAAGGCAAAGGAGCCUGAGCAGCCUUUCACACAUCAUGAUCACAUGAUGGAAGAAAUGAAAUGGAUGCGCAAAGAUUUCAGAGCUGAGCGAAAGAUGAAGAAGAGCGUGUGUGCAUGGCUGGCGCAAAGAUGUGCAGAUUACUAUCACGCAAGUGCCGCAGAGAAGCAAAAAUUACGAGUCAAGGUAAAGGCCGAGGAUGCGAACGCUGGUAAUGGAACACCAGACCUCGAGAACGCCGGUGACUCAGCAUCUGAGGAUGAUGUCAGUCCACGAACGCCUCGCUCACAAUCGCCAAUACCGAUCACUCUCGUCGUGCCGCCCGAGCUUACUGGUGUCGUGGAGGAUCUGCAACGGAGUGGUAAGCUUUCCAAAGCCGUAGAUGCACUUCCGAAGACUGGCUUUCUCGAGCCUUCGCGCCAGCACAGGGUACAGCCCGAGACGCCAGUUUCGAAGUUUGUUGAAGGCAAGAUUCUGCCACGCGUGCGUGGUCCUUCCCGCAAGCGAAGUCGAUACGAAUACGAAGAUGAGGCUGAAGUAGCGGCACAUCACCCUCGCAGCAGCAAGCGAUUAUGUGAAGACCUGCCUCCAGAAGACCAAGAAUGCGCGCUGUUCCAUCCGGACAACAAGCACAUUCGCGAUCGACUGCAUGCGAACAACGCUUUCAGACCUCCUUCAGAGUUCCUCAUGCCGACAACUCACUUCUACGAGUUUAGAAACGGAUCUCAGUGGAUAUGGGAAGACGAUCAAAAGUUGCGCAGACUGGCCAAAGACUACUCGUUCAAUUGGUCUCUUAUUGCGGAUGAGAUGGCACUUCCGACGCGAUAUAAGAGCUCUGCCGAACGUCGCACGCCGUGGGAAUGCUUUGAACGAUGGGUCGAGCUGGAGUCAUUGCCUGCCGACAUGAAGAAGACGGUAUACUUCAAGACGUGGUAUCAACGGCUUGAGCAAUCCCACCAGGCAUCCGAGCGCCGAUAUCAAGCCCAGGUUCAAGCCAUUCAAGCCCAAGCAGCGCAAAAUGGUGGACCUUCGCAUGUACCUAUGCGUCGCAGGUCAAUGCCUACACGUGUCGAGAAGCGACGAUCGACGAGAUACUUAUGGAUGGUCGAGGGCUUCAGGAAGCUGGCGAAGAAGAAGGAGCAGGCACAGUGGAAAGCAGCUGAAACCGCCCGCGCUGCAGCUCAACGAAAGUCACAAACCGAAAACACCCAGACACAACGCGUCAAGAUGACACCUCAAGAGUUUAGCAAGAAGCGCCACGAACGAGACUUGCAAAUUGCCGAAGCGCAAAGACAGCAUCGCGCCAAGAUCAUUGAGGCUCAGCAACGGCAAAUCCAGAUGGCCCGGGCAGCUCAGGCUCAAGCACAGCAAGGUGGUCAGCCUGGUCCCAACGCAGCACCGGGACAACAACGACCUCCAGGUGCCAACAUGCCCGCACAACAAGCACAAAUGCAAGCGAACGGACAGCAAAUGCCCAAUCAAGCUGGAAAAGUCGCGGCUCAGCAGCAAAUUCGACAACAAGCUCAAAUCGCCACCAGGCAUGGACUCUUGGCACCGCCAGUCAAUGGUGCCAAUAUGCCUCAGCAAGCACAGAUGCAAGCCGCAGCGGCACAAAUGCGCAACCCAAGCAUGCAACCCAGACAACAGCAGAGCAACCCACAAAUGAUGGCCGCUCCAUACGCAGGCCAGUACCAGAUGCCGAACGGAAGCAUGCCCAGCCCGGGAAGCGGUUUGACGACUCAGCAGCACCUGCAAACCAAUCAAGCUUUGCUGCAAGCCUUGCAGCAGCAGCAGCAGCAGCAGCAGCAGAACGGGAUCAACAACCAGAAUCUCGGCCAGCACACACAGAUGAUCGCCUCGCCCAGCAUGCCACCCCCUCCAACGCCGCAAAGCAGUAACGGUCCACAGCAGCUUUCAUCCGGUCACGUCCCGCAAAUCUUACAGAUCACGAGCCAACUCAGAUCUUCACAUCCAAAUUUGUCGGAGGAUCAACUGAAAAUCUUGGCCAGUCAGCACUUGCAACAGCGUUCUGCUGCCGCUUCCCAGCAGGCCAGGCAGAAUGCGACAGUUGCUGCUGCCGGUAUAAAUACAUACCAGAACAAUCGACCGAUGUCUAAUGGCAUGAAUGGCACGUACAAUCAAGUCAAUAUGAACGGCGAUGGAAGUCAGCAGCAGAGUGCAUCAAGCAUGUCGCCCCAAGGACAGAACGCAAGUCCGAAUCAGACGCAGCAGUACGCGCAAAGGAUGAAAAUGCAGCAAAUGCAAAUGAUGCAACAGAUGCAGAUGCAAAGCCCGAACGCGGUGCACGCGCAGCUCAACGGCAGUCCUGGAGUGGCGCACGCAAGUCCGAACAUGACGCCUGGGUCGCCUUCGAUGCAGUACGCGAAUAUGCAGAUGGCGGGCAUGCAAAACAUGAAUGGGCAACGACCAUCCUCUCGGUCAAACACACCGCAAAUGCAGCGUAUCAACUCAAAUGGUAGUGGCAUCGCUAUGAGCAGCAAUGGCAUGCAGAGUCCGGGAUCGAUGGGACAGGUGCAAGGAAGUCCACGAAACGUGCAAGCGAGUAUGGCGAGAUAGAAUUCGUCAAGCGGCGUCGGUGGUGGUGGUGGGCUAUGGUUGCCACAUUGACUGAUGUCGACGGUGCGACUCACACCAGAUGACAGCUCCAGAUGAGCACGAGGAGCCGAGUAGCAUAGAUGACCUUCAUGAUCAGUAUAUAUUAUAUACGAAUCGGAGCGACGCUCGCCAAGUCCCUCAGGACUGGACUUAUAC